ACAUUUGAAUCCUUGCGAACGGUUUUUGUUUUGGCGCCUCUGUUUGGUAAAUAGAUUUUAGAGGUUACUCAGAUUUUCAAAGAAAAUUCCAAGAUUAGUGUAGUGCCUAAUGAUGAAUUAUUUUCUUGCUUUAAUUCAUCCUUUGACGAAGUUUUACUUCAAAUGAGGUAAAAUAAUCAAUUUCGAUUUGAUAUGGUGUGAGUGUGGUCCGACGAUAAUUUUACAUGAUUCUCAACAGUGUUUUUUAAUUUAAAAUGGUCCUAAAGUAACUAAGUUUCGUUUAAAAUGUAUGUAGAUGAUUUGAAGAAUGAAUUCUUUGGAUUUCUUGCCGGAAAAAGAAUAUUCUUGAUGAUCCAUUAUGAUAUAGAUAGUAUAUGUUGUUGUAAAAUACUGCAAUCCUUGCUCAGGCAUAAUCACAUUCUGUACAGUUUGGCUGUAGUCCGAGGUAUUGAAGAUUUCAAAACAGCCUUCCGAGAGAACUGUGAAGAUGUAAAAUAUUUCGUUCUGAUAAACUGUGGCGGUACAAUAGAUAUAGUUGAAGUUCUUGAACCCGAAGAAGAUAUUAUAUUUUUUGUAUUGGAUUCACAUCGACCGAUAGACCUAUGUAAUAUAUACAGCAACGAGCAAGUUAGGUUAUUAUCAGCCCCCGAGGAGGAUGCAGAAGUCCCAGGUUUCGAUAGUAUAUUCAGGGAGGAGUCCGAUGAAGAAGACGAUGAAGUUGGGGACUCGACUAGUGAAGUUGGAAGUGACGAUGAAAUUGAGGGUAGGGCGGCCAAGAGAAGAAGGUUGAACGAGGAAGAAAUUAUGAAAAGAAGAGAAAAAAGACUUUGGGAAGAGAAUAGAAGCAAAUUAUUAUUUGAAUAUUCCCAGUUCACAUAUUACGCUAAAGCAAGUGCAAUACUCAUGUUUGAGUUAGCAUGGUCUCUCAAUAAAGACGAUAAGGAAAUGCUUUGGCUUGCCAUAGUAGCGUUGACGGAGCAAAUGCUCCUUGGUAAGCUAGAAGACUCAAAAUACAAUAUUGAAAUUGGCAGUCUCCAGGCGCAUGCCACAAGGCUCCACAAUCGCUCUAAUGAUUCCGAAGUUAAAACAUCACUAAAAAUCACCUUCGAGAAAGAUUUGAAGCUGGUGCUACAUAAGCAUUGGUGCGUUGAGAGUAGCUUGAAGUUUUCAAUGUUCACUUCUUGUAGAUUGAAAUUGUGGACGUUGAAAGGAGACAGGAAGUUACAUCAAUUAUUAGCAGAGAUGGGUUUACCACUCGCCCAAAGUAAGCAGAAAUUCACAUCGAUGGAUCUGCAACUCCGUCAAGAGUUUCACGAUUCGAUGGAGAAACUUAGUGAAAAAUACAAUCUGGAAGAUAUCGUCUAUCCAACGUUCAUCUUACGAUAUGGCUUUACGAACACUUAUUCUGCCUCCGAUGUCGUUUAUAUGCUGUUGGCCCUCUUGGAAACUGCGCCCAAAUCUAAGAGUCCGGAGGAAUGUUUUAAUACCGCCCUGGAAUUUUUGCCCAAGCCUAAGAAGGAGUUGGCCGAGGCUGGUAUAGGAAGGGCCAAAACGUUAUUUAGAGUUAUGUUCAAAACUGUGCAAGGAGCCUUAGAAAUGAAACAAGUCACAAGCGCAGGACCAUUUAUUUAUUAUAUCAUCCAAGAAGGUUUCCUUGAUUGGUACAUGUUCUCCAACCUUAACGUAUUAUCGUUACUGGCCCAGUUCAUACUCAAAGCAUACGUCUCCAUGUCGAGGAACCGUAAAGCGACUCAAUUACCUCUGAUUGUUUCUGCACCUAAAAGUGUCGAUAAUGGAACUUGCAUAAUACUUGGUAUACCUCCUUUAUGUGAGAAUUCACCCAAAAAUUUUUUCGGUAAAGCCUUCGAGAAAGCAGCCGAGACAAUAAGAUGUGAAACUACCUGUGAUUUUUUCGAUACAUCAUACUUCGAAAUACCUGUGAGGGACAGGGUUAGGUUUUUAGACGCUUUGACAGCAAUUUUGACCUGAAUCCGUUUUGAUUUCGUUUCGUCCAAUAGCAAAAGUACAAAAUAAGUUUUUUAAUCACUGUAAAUAUCAUUCCACAAUUGAAAAUAUUGUACAUUGCUCAAUAGAACCAUGUUAAAUUUU